UAUCAAUCUCAGGAGGAGAUUCACCGUUCAACCAUCUCUUUCUCACCUACAUCUUGAAAACCCAGUCGAAGAUUUCGAUGCCUAAGGCCAAGAGCAGCGAUGCCACUGAAGCCUAGAGUUCUAGAUUUCUAUAUCGGAAGUCGAUUACAGCAACGACUGUGCCGACGUCUGCCUACAUUCCGUCUAUUUAGGAGACCGCCGCACGAAGAAUCCCUCCUCUUCUUCUUUCCUCCUUCAACCACCGUGUUCAUUGAACAACUAUCAAAAUACCACCAAUGCACUUACCAAAACAACACAAAUAACAAACACUAGCAUGAAGCUCACCUUCGGAACUACCCUCCUCCUCCUCCACCACCUCGCCCUCGCCCUUCCAACCCCAGAGGUCCCAGAGGAACCAGCCGUGUCCAUCCCAGAGGAACCAACCGUGCCUGUCCAGGAGGCAGCCACCAUCAUCCCGCCCUGUCAACAAGUCUGUCCUCCCGAAUGGGCACCAGUCUGCGCAAAGGACGAAUACGAUAAUAUCAUGAUCUUUUCCAGUUUCUGCCGUUACUACAAUGCAAACUGUGGCAAGCAGAGGUAUAUCCUGGGGCGGAUUGAAGAGUGUAUUGAGCCAGGAAAUGGGGAGUAGUUGGGGUGAUUUAGUUUGAUCUUUUGAUUUCUAACUCUUUGGUUUAUUUGGGAUUUCUCAUAUUUACUGAUCAACAUAAUUGCUUUCUUCAACUUUCCCAGCUUCCACUUCCAUCCGUUGUGGACGGACUUGUUAAGUUGCCGGCUACCCUACUCGUACACUAUCAAGACAUAUAUAUAGUUGACCGAUAUGAGCGAGUCGAGCCAUAUGAUAGCAUAGAUAUUCGCCCAAAGAGUACAUUUACAGUCC